AUGCUGAACAAGGCAGCCGUGAUCAACGCCGGCAAGAACCAGCUCACGGGCCCAAUCCCUUCAUCAUUUUCCUGCCUUAGCAGAGUCGAGCAGCUCAACCACGCCGGGAACUGCCUCUACGGACGUGUUCCUAACACUCUCUGCAGGCUUGCUGGGCAGGCUGGCCACCUGGGCAACCUCACGCUGCGUGGCAACUACUUCACCUCAGUUGGGCCGGCGUGCACAGCGCUAAUCAAAGACCGCGUACUGGACGUGAACAACAACUGCAUUCCGGGCUUUGCAAACCAGAGGCGACCGGCGGAGUGCGUGGCGUUCCAGAGCCAGCCAAAGAAGUGCCCGGAGGUGAGCACUCAGGUGUCGUGGCCUGCUGCAGCUUCCACGAAUGCAGCGGCGCCGGUGGAGAGGAAGGCCAGAGACUACUACAGCUUCCUGACCCGCUUCGAUGAGCUCAGCAUGAAGCCCACCAAGCUCGACCUCCGCCUCACCGACAUCGAACGCCAACGCUGCCCCGAGCUUCAGGAGAACACAACAGCGGAGCUCGAGAAGGAUACCAUGCGCGUCAUGGAGGACGCUGGUCAUGCCUUCCUCAAGUGGAUGUAG